AUGGGGUUCAAAAUAAUUAAUAAAUCGCGAUUGAUUUAUUUAGGCAAUGUGGAAACCUCUACCCCAUGUAAGCAAGAUAAUCGUGUGCCUCUGAUUUUGCCCUCAGUAUCUCCAGUUGUUGACAAAGGACAAAAUAUCUCUGACUCUAUGGAAGUAGAUCAACAUCACGAGGGAAUGAGUGGUAAUUUGGAGUGUGAUAUAUCACCCCAUAAAAGGUAUAUAUAUUUAUGUAAUAGGUAAUUGUUUGUUUAUCAAGUAGUAAGCUUUGAAAGUAUAUAUACGGUACUCAAUUUUGUUUUCAUCCAAUUCUAGUAUAAUCGAUCAAACUAAUACGUCCACAAAAAUGAAUGCAUCAUUGUUCACUGAUGAUGAAGGUGAAAGCACUGAUACUGCAGACAGCUCUGAGCAAGAGUACAGGUAUAGUUUAAAAAUUUUAUAUAACAAUCAAAUUAUUUGAUUUGCACAUGUGUGGGCAACUGAAAUACAGUUACUGAUACAUGACACAUGCUUUUAAUGUCCCUUUUAUUUGUAGUCGACAACAUGAUCUUUCACAGUCAGCCAUUGGAGACCUGAAUGCUGAUAGAGAACUGGUAGAAUAUGAUUCAGAAGAUAGUGGGUAAGAUAAAUAUAUAAAUGUUUUAGUUAAGCUAUUUCAUUAACAGUAAUUAGAGUAUAAAAUGUAAUCAGUUUGUUGUGUUAGAAACAACACUGUCUGUUUUUUUAGAGCCAUCCAUUUAAAAUCCACCCUUACGGAUGAGGUCAGUAAAAUUUUAACCCCUAAGAAAAAUAUCAAAGUGCCGACACAAAUCCCCCCUCAGAAAUUUGUAAAUUUUCCCCUUACCCCUCAGAAAAAUUGCAGAGAUCAAAGGAUACUGACAGGCUUAACCCCUGAGAAACGACUUUUUGAGUCACCCUUCAGAAAAACUCAUCCGUAUGGGGUUGGGGAGGGGGGGCAUUAAAUGGAAUGGCCCUUAAUGCACAUUCUCAUACUAACUGUGCAUGGUACCUGAUCUAGCUUAGGUGUUCUAGUCUAUUUACAUACUUACACUUUUGUUUGUAUUGUCAUAUAAUUAUAUAGUUCAACUGACCCAACAAUGGAUCUGGACGACAAUUCAGAUGAUGGAAUAUCUGGAGAGGACUUAUUUCUUGUUUAUUUAUACUGUAUACAGUGGUCUGAAUUUUAAAUAUGGGUAUUGUAUGCUGCCAUAUGUUAUCAGAGUAUAGGCCGGUUGUGGUGGCUUAUUUGUUUGCCUUUUUUACUGUCCGUAUUUACUUUAGCAAUGUGUUUUACAUAUAUGCCAUUCAUGUCAGGCACAGAUUUCCUGGGGGGGGAGGGGGGAGGGGAAGUGCGCACCCACAGAAAUUAUGCAGGGUAUAUAUUUUGAUUGAUAGUUUCAUAUUUGAUUAUUUUUACUACUAAAUUUGUAAAAUUACCAAUAUUAUGGUCUCAGACUUAACCAUGCAUGCCUAAAAAACAAAUUUCGUUAAACUUUUUCUUUGGCCUUUCCAGGCGUUGCCACCAGGCCCCAGCCAAUGCAAGCAGCAACACCCCCCAGAUAUUUACUGUACCCCCACCCCAAACGAAAAUAUGAAAAUCGAUCUCUGCUUCAUGUCAAAUGACCAAACCAUAGGUUUUAUACCGUUAAAAUCUAUAAAUAUGGCCAUUGAAAACUUCUUAACACGGGACAACAUGUUUGCCGACACAUGUAUAGUGUACUGUAUGUAUAAUUUAUUCCAAUCCCAUUAAGCUGUAAUUAAUGUGCUUAGAAUGCAACUUUUAGCUAUGUGCAUAGAGUAUUGUUUGAAAUACUGGGUAAAUUGAUAUAUCUGUUUUGCAAACAGUUCCAUUGAAUCUGAUGUUGAUGAUGAUGAACAGAAAGAUCUGACAACAACAACAACAACAACUAACCCACCACAAGUCCCAGAGGUUACCAGCAGCAUAACAUAUGGGCCUCAUCAUAAACUGAGUAGGGAUGAGGAAAUAAACAAGUUCCCACACAAAUUUGAGAUGGUCAAGGAAAGCAAAUUUGUCUGCUCCCUUGUGUUGUUGCUCCAGGUAUUCCAAGCUCGCUGUCAAACACCUGGUGGUGUGAAUGCACCAACAGUCAGUAUUGUUUUGUUUGUGCUUUGUUAUUUAUUGAUUCUGUUUGCUCAUCUGGUCACAAACAUAGAUUUUGCUCUUCGCAUGAACUUGGGGAAGGAGUCUAUGUGAACAGCUUACAAGCAGCUGCCUCUAUCUUGCUGUCAGGAAAUAGUUUUGCCGGAAUUGAGCGAAUGGCAAAGUUUUAUGGUUUGGCAAUUCUUUCAAAGUCAAAAUUUUAUCGCUAUCAGCGUUUAUAUAUGAUUCCCGAGAUAAAUGAGUGGUGGGCAUGGACAAGGCAAGAACUUCUCAAAGAAUUUGUUGGGCAAGAUAAUGUCAUUGGUGGUGAUGGACAGUAUGACUCACCAGGUUUUAAUGCCAAAAAUCUAUGCUAUUUUAUGGUUGAAGCCAACAGCAACUACAUUAUUGAUAUUGAAAUAAUAGAUAAAAGGCAUGUUGGUUUAGCAUCAACCAACAUGGAAAGGGAGGCUGUUAAGCGUGGGUUGGAGAGGUUGACCCAAGAUAUAAAAGUGGCGGAAUUUGUGACAGAUGCAUCAACUUCUGUUAAAGCACUACUUGGUAACUACAACACAUAUAUAACUUUUGUUUCUCAAAUUUGUUUUGUACUAUAUAGUACAGUAUAAAUAGUCAAAUAAUUUCCUGGAAUAGACCAUUUACAGUAUGCAUAAACAAUCCAAGGUAAGGAUGUUUUUGCAUCUAUCAAGAGUGGUGUUUUCAUAUCAUGACCAUCCCUAUGUUGGUUGCAAAUGAUGUUAGGGACAGACCAUUAGAAAAGUGAUGGGGGGGGGACAUUCCCAACCUGUACCAUUACUUUAUUUUGUUUAAAUCAUCGCUUGCUCUAAUUUUUAAAAAAGUGUUGGUGACCGGGGGGGGGGGGGUGUUGUGAGGUUAACAUUUUUUCAGGACAUUAAAUAGGUUUAGAAACUUGUUCUCACACCAUUACUUCAUUACUUAUAUAAAAAAGUUUUAAUGUAUUUUCCAAAUUUGGGGCCACCCUUAAAGCGCAACUUAUAAUUUUCCCUGAGUAAUUCCAUGCCAUUUCAACACAAAAAAAACUGAUUUGACACCCACCCUCUCCAAAUUUCUUUAUAUUUCGCAGGCAGUUAACAUUGUGUGGGAAUAGUUUAAGUUCAAAAUUUGAGCAUCGUAGCUGCAAUAGUUUUUGAGAUAUCGCAAUUCGAAAUAUGGCCCGAAAAGCAAAUAAGUGGGCGUGGCGUGGCCAAUGCUAAAUUCACCAUUACCCUAUUUUACAUUUUGACCUGUAACUUCAUAUCCGUACAUGGUAUAUCCAUCAAAAUUUGCACAAAGAUGUAUUUGUAUGCGGAGAUUUCACAUAUUGCACUUUCAUCUUUGUAUCUGCAACCAGUAAUGUGUUAUGGCACAGCAAAAAGUCUAAUUAUGUGUUUCUGAAGACACGAAAUAUAUGUCAUCUUUAUUGGAAAAAUGUUUAUGGAAGCCAUACAGACACAACAGUAAUUUUUAUUCCACAUCAUAUCCACAUGCUAUUCUACUUUUAAGCAAAAUUUGGUGAUGGUUAGUUGCCUGCUUUAAAAAGUAGAGCCCUUUAAAAUUGUCGUAUUUUCUAAAUAACUUUAAUUAGUGCGUUUUGGGUGUUUGUUAAGAAUAAAAUACAUUCAUUGAGAAAUGAGACUGCCAAAUACUUUAAUGUUUGAUUCGAUCCUUCUUUAUUGAUAGUGCAUAUUUAAAAUUUGUUUUAAAAGUUUAAAAUUUACAUAUUUAUUAAUAGUACAUACACAAAAAGUAUAUCAAUGGAUCAAAAGUAUGCAAUACAAUUUAUUUCUUAUCUACCCCUGCUCGUGAACCAAUUGUACUUUCAGUGAACUCUUUUAUUGUAUGCUUGUAAGAUGAUGAAAAAUGGCUUGAUUUGAUUGAAGAAGUUGACAAUGAUCAAAGAAAUGCAAAAAUUAAUAAGGUUUAUGCACCCAAAGUGCAUCACAAGAUCAUAUUUCUGGCCAGUAAGAGGAUACUUGUUAGUGAUUGCCCAAUAAUUGCGCCGUGUACUCGUGUCAGCCAUACGUUUCAACGGAAACUCUUAAACAUCUUUAUCGAGCUUUAG